AUUAACUUUGUCAACCUUCGCCUUCCCUCCUUCGCUCACCAUGGACCAACAGCCACCUCCUUCCACCGCCCCUGCCUCCACUUCUUCUACUGACCCCUCUCAACAACCACCGCAACCACCAAUGCCGCCGCAGCCGGAGCAACCGAAAACGCCACAAUUUCAACAACAGCCAAGCCAACCCCCUCCCUCCACAACACCCUCAACGCUUCCCAGCCCUAACCUAAACCCGAAACCCCAACAGCCACCUCAGCCGAAACCAGCUCUCCCCACUCCUCAGCCCCGACCCGCUGCCGCAUUCUCACGUACCUGGCAACAGCAGCUUUCCCAGCUCACGAAUUCCUCCUCCUCUUCUUCUCCCUCAGUCACACCGACCUCUACGCCAACUCUUUCCUCUCAGCCGAGAGGCAACAUUCCUUCACCUUCGCAACCCACUCCAUUUUCGGGUUCCUUUGGCCACUCCUUCACCGGAGCUUCCAGUUCCAAUGUUUCCCACCUUUCAAGGCCGCCGAUGCAAGGAAUAGGAAUUGGAUCACAUUCUCAAAUGAGGCCACCUGGAAUUUCUGCUCAACAUCAACAGAGACCUCUACAAUCAUCUCUUAGACCACCUUCUUCAUCAGAUAUCCAAUCCCCUACUGCCAAAAAUUUCCAAGGGCAUGGCCUUAUGAGAGUGUCAGCUACUGGUUCUUCCACACCAAGUACAUCACAAACUACACAAGCCACUAAUCAGCCGUGGCUAUCAUCGGGAUCACAAGGGAAACCUCCUCUGCCACCCCCUUCGUAUAGACCACAGAUUAAUUCACCAUCCUUGCAGCAAAGGUCACAUAUUUCUCAGCAACAUCAUUCCUUGCCAACAGUUCCGCAACAACAGCAUGUAUCAUCUCAACAAUUGCCACAACAGGAGCAUUUCAGGCAACAAAUGUCACCUACAUCGAGGGCCUCUCAAUCUUUACCCUACCAACAAGCUACGAGAGCCCAGGGUUCUGUAAAUCAAAAGCCUUCUUUUCUUGCAAUGGUACAAUCAAGCACGGUUCACUUGGUGACAAAUAAAGCGGCUCUUACAGAGGGUGAUGAGUCUGGUGGCAAGAUUCUUAGCAAAAGAAGCAUUCAUGAUCUAGUUAAUCAGAUUGAUCCAUCUGAGAAGUUGGAUCCUGAAGUUGAAGAUAUUCUUGUGGAUAUUGCAGAAGACUUUGUGGAUUCUAUCACAACAUUUGGCUGCUCACUGGCUAAGCAUAGAAAAUCAGAUACAUUGGAAGCAAAAGACAUUCUCCUACAUCUUGAAAGAAAUUGGAAUACGACUCUACCCGGAUUUACCGGUGAUGAGAUUAAGACUUACAGAAAACCGCAUACAAAUGAGGUUCACAAAGAGCGGCUAGCAGCUAUUAAGAAAUCAAUCUUAGUUAGUGAGGCAUCCAGUGGGAAGCACUUCGUCGGCCAAGCUGGCGUAAAUGCAAAAGGUAACCAUGGGAAAGCGGCUGCUAAUACCUUGGGCUCACCAAAUGUUAAAAUCCGAGAAGUGACAUGAGGCUCCUCUCUUGACAUUGUUGAAUAUCUGAAACGUUUUUCCUUUAAAGGAUCAGGAUGAAUUGGUGAUGGGCAUGACUUUUUUUGCUUGAUCUGGGAUGUGAAUAAAGAUGUUGAAUUUGUUCUUAAUCUAAUUCCUCCACAUCGGAAGCUAAGUUGAGGGUUUUUGUAAACUUAAACUGGUUGGUACCCUACAACUUUCAUGUGUUGCUGUUUGAGGGUAGGGCAUGUGCAGAAGAAGAUAAUUGUAGGAA